AUGGCCCCCGAUUUACUCUCUGUUUUCUUCUUUCUGAUGUUCAUCAUCACACUCGCUGCCAUCCUGCACAGGCUAAUACAGAGAAAACAACCAGCACCUAUCAAAGCUGACCAUACAGGAGAUGCUGAGAGAUUGCACAAGCUGAGGGCUCUUAGCCGCCACCACGAAGUCGCUUCAGUUCUAUCAACUUUGGUAAGGGAGGAUGGUGCUGGGACUUGGCCACCAAGAGCAAAUCAUGACUCCUGGCCGCAUGCUCUUCGUCCCUAUAAAAAUAUAUAUCUAGAGCUUAUAUCACUAUUGCCGACAGCUCGGCCUUCCCUUGACGACGACAUCAACAACGAACGGCGCAACAAAUACCGCUCUAUAAUGCGGAAACUCCUUUCAGAAAGAGUCAAUAUUUUUGAAGUUGAAAUACUGCUAGCUUCCGUUGAAGCAGGGAGCUGGGAUCUCUGCCCGCGAGAUGUCUACAAUGGGUUUCAUUGUUGCGUUGCCGUAUGCCGUCACGCCUACAGAUGGGCAACAAUCCCAGUUGUCAGGGUCGCUCAGUUGGAAACCGUUAUUGACUUUCCACCAGAAUUAGAUAUCCCUUGGCCCUUUUUCCAGCGACAUUUUGGCGUCUCUGCAGAGAGCGGGAAUAACACAUCGAAUGUUCUACUUAACUUUGAUGAGAGAGGCGAGAGAGUGUAUAAAAUUAAUGUUGGGUUGUCUAAUACAAUACAAUCAUCGGAGGAAGCCUUCUUUCGUAUGUUUUAUCAUCUGGAGAUUUUGGCCUUUCCAGUCUAUUGCAACAUCGUCCAUGCAAUUAUCUCCUUUGAAGAAAACAACAAAGCCAGUUGCCUAAAUUAUCUUGAAAAUGUUGUUUCUGGGGUUCGCGAUCUUCUUCUGAUUUUCUACCAAAAUCUGACAGAGUCCCGUAUAUCCCGCUCCGUGUGGCUAAGCUACGUUCAAGGCUUCCAGGGCUGGGGCAUUGGAAAGCUUGUGAAUGGAGAGUUUGUCAAGUAUGAUGGGGUUUCUGGCAACCAUAUUUUGUUCUUUCAAGCCCUCGAUGCCUUUCUGGGUAUGAACCGCUAUCUUACCGAUGAGAAUAUGGAUAGAUAUAUUCCCAUAAACCAGAGAAAGUUUUGCCUAGCGCUGAAAAAACAUUCCUUCCGCGCAAAACUAGACAAAGAGGGAGGGGGAGAUAGUAACCAAAGACUUAAAGAUGAGUUUAAGAAGAUUUUAAACCACUUAAAGCUUUUUAGAACAGCUCAUAGAACCCGAGUUGUGCCGUAUUUGAAAGAAGAGGCCCCUGAGCGGUUAAUCAUGACUGCGGGAAAGUCUCUUCUUGAGGGGUCUCUAGAAGACGCGUUGAAGUUUCUUGAUGAUAUGAUGGUUCGUAGACUGACAGAAACGAUUUAG